AUGAUCAACAAAACCCUGAAAAUCAUUACAAGACCUCACCUUUUGACGGUUUCGAUAGUGACAGCGUGGCUAUGUUUGCUGUUUAAUAUUGCUCUCCGUAUUUAUUAUCUGUGGAUGCGAAUCACUACUUGGUAAGUUUUAAUGAAGUUCACCAGUUUAUUUUGCAGACGUCCCCGCCGCGAAUCGAACCAUAAAUUGCGCAAUGUUUGUUUUUAUUAUAUAUAGUUAUCGUAAGCUUGAACAAAGUAAGCAGCGAUGCAAGCUAACUCUAAGUUGCUUUCAACUACGAGGGAUUCCACUGAGAUUUCCUCACAGCCCCAUUCAUUUAUCAUGUGCUCAUGUUUCGAUUCUUCGUAUAAUUAUACAGUUUAUGUAAAAAAUAAUGAGAUUGCUGCAUCUAUAAUGAAUGGGCUGUUGUUACCAAAGCUGCUUACUGUCAAUAGAUUUGUUUUGGGGAAAAUGGGAUUGUUUGCAACCACGAGACAAGGCAGCCAUGUUGGGUUAAAGACGAAUUAUCAGUAGAACCUCGUAAAAGCCUGGUUUCCAAAUGAUUGUUCAGAUUGUCGUGAUCAUCCCAGUCAUCUCAAAUGAUGUUCAGAAAAUCAGGACAAUCAUACCUGGAUGACUGAGAUGGACUUGGUUGCUUGGAUAGAGUUGAGGUCUAUCCAGACAAUCGGGAUGAUCAUGUACAUUGUAAAUUUUGAAGCAAUCAUAAUAAAAAAUUAUAAAAGUUACUCUCUCAGACCAUAGAGACUAUCGAGCCAAUCAAAAGCCAUCUCAGAAAUCAUCACUAUUUUCCAGGAAUGGAGAAUAAAUUUGGCCUAAACACUGCUAAAGUAAAAAACAUAAUACAAAAAUGUUCGCAUCACGUAUGGAAACUAUUUGAAACUAGAGAAAGUCUGUUACAUCAACUUCUUGAUGUGAGACUAUUGUCUUCAUGGAACUCUUCCAGCUUGUUGAUGUUGCAAAAUCAAGAGAAAAAGCAGAUAGCAAGGCGUGAUGUUUGCUCUCUGAAAAAAAAAUCCAUCAUCAUGUUUGGCUUGUUUGCCAUGUGAAAAAAUGCCAAGUGCCGAGGUUGUACUAUUAAUUUUUCCCCAGAAUUUUCAUGAACAAAGAGUUAAGCUCUGAGCAGAGAGAGGUCCUCCAACCAACAUAGCUGCCAUGAUGUCAACUACAAGCCAGCAAUAAUUAACUUACUAUUUAUAGCUGGAGCUUCAAGCUUGUAAGGGUGCUGUAUAAUAUGCAUGUAUUAAGCUGAAGCUCCAUCCCUGCUUGUUUGUAUAAUAGUGCCUCAGUACAUGUAGAUGGUCAGACAAGUGAACUGCUGAGCUGCUAGAAUAGUAAUCCCAUCCACAGACAAGCGACUUGUUCUGAAAAUUGUCCUUUAUUCUGAAGUUAUGCCACACUAACUGUGCAGAGAUUGAACACUCUCAUCAUAAAAAAUGUUUGGCCUGUGGGAAGAAACAGGGGCCCCUCAAAUCUCCCUUCCUACUUUUUUUCUACCUGGUACAAAUGUGCACACAAAGCUCUGUUCUGAGAAAAAUUGAAGGGAGCCCAGUGCUCUGAACCUGUGAAAUCCAGGGUGCCCAGCAUUUAAGUUUUUCUUGUCGGCUUGGAGCUAAAGUUAGGCACCAGGGGCCACUGAGUGCCACUAGAACACAGCCUUGAAACACAACCUCUAAGAAAAGAGGCUGAUGAAAAUAUGUGUAUAUAUCUGCAGUGCCAGAGGGUACACGUACUUACACUGUAAAAUAUAAAGGUCUAACAAUGUUUAUAGGAGGAUCCACUGUUUAGUAAAACAACGGUAACCAUAAAUCCUCUUUUAAGCUCUACCCCCUCUCUAAUAAGCCUUCUCCCUCCAAUAAGCUGCCCCCUUUUCAGAGGGAGAAAGUUUUUUUAAGCCCCUCCCUCCCCUCCCCUAUUUAUUCUUCAGUAAUAAAUGAUAGACUGUUUUAAAUAAUCACCGCUGAAAACGUUGUGUUGACUGACCCCGGGUGUCUUAUUUACCAACUGGAAAUUCAGAUUUAAAUCUGAUCGUCAGCUGCAUGACCUCCAACCUUCUUGUUCUUGAGCUUCUCCACUUAGGAUUCUAGUUCUUUAUGGAGAACUGAUACCAUUGUCUUUUUUAAAUUGAAUAAGCCCCCCGUCUCUAUGAAGCCCCCUCUCAAAUGGACUUGAAAUAAAUAAACCCUUGAGGCUUAAUAGAGGAUUUACAGUAAUUACAAACCUUUUUUUAAAGUUUAUUAAAUUAAUUCUAUUUUCAAUGUAAUUAAUUCUGGUUUUGUCUUUUUAGGUUCUUAAACUGUCUCCUCUCUUUAAUUCUCAUCUGGUUGUUUGGUCUGCAUAAUGUGUCAAUAACAAUCGGAGAAUUUGGAUUUUUAUCAGUGAAAGGUGUGAAAAUACGAUGGAGGAGGGAUGAUGUAGGUUUGGUAUGUAACAUACUUUCUUCCUUUGCAAUGGCCUUUAGAAUCUUGCUGAAAGGGUGAUGAUGCUACUUCAUAAGAAAUGAAGAUGUUACGAGUUGACUUGUAGGGUGAGAUAAAGGUUCUAGUAAAGUAGAUGUAUCUGGGUCUAGUGGCCCAUCAGGCCACAGUUUAUUCUUGUCUGCGUCGCAUUUAUAAUCUACCGGUAACCCCAGCUAGUAAUGUCAAUUUCAAUUCCAAUUUAUUUUAUUUAUUUUUUUUAUUUAUUUGCCUUACAACCUUAACAUCAAAUUUCUUAUGCUUAACAUAAGAUAAUAUUAUCAAGAACAUAAGGCCGGAAGAUUUUGUCUGCAAAGCAGUGCCGAUAUCCUUGGUCUGGGCCCCAACAGACUCAACAAAGUACUGGUAAUACAUUUAAAAUUUCCCUUCAAACUGGUUGGCAAACUGACAAUGGCUAUUUUAACAAGCCAGUCAUGGCAGAUACUGAAACCCUGGUACACAUGGGGAGGGGGGUGGGGGCACAGAACAAGGAUUUUGGUGCUGUUUCACAGAUAGACUUACGGUAACCAGAAAUUUAGUUCCAUCUGUGGCGCAGACUAAGCUUAAAUUCUAGUUUCUGUAGUUUAAAGGCAAGCAGCUAGGAAUAUUUUUAUCCCCCCUCCCUUCUGGACAGAAUGCUAGUCCAUCCCACCUUUAUCUCCAGUAUUAUUUUACUUGGUACCCAUGCAUUUGGGUGAAGUCAGAGGCCCACUUAGGGAGAGUACAUACAUUGUAUGUCCCUACUGGUCUGAAUUUCAAAACAGUCAUUUUGCAUUUUUUUUGGAGUUAGCCAUUUCCUUGUGGGUAUUUAACUCAUCUUUCUUUUGUUUUUCACCAUUUCAUCUUGUCUUUUGUUGGGGUUUCAAAGCCCAGUCGCUUGUUGAAAUUUUGCACUAACAGAGCCUCAACUGAGGCGCUUUGAGAGAAACGUUUUUCAUUCAAUCUGUAGUGGUGAUGGAUAAUCUGACUGGUAUCCUAAUGUAAGAAAUCCUUAAUAGCAAUCUACACCCUUUCUGAAAGAUCCUAUUGUAAAGCUCAACAAUAGUAAUAUAUACCGGUAAUAAAAUGGUCUGGCACUUCUACAGUGUACAUGUAAGUUUGAGCCUGAAAACAAAGUUUCUCUGCUGCCGCUUUAAACAUUUCUGGUGCAAUUCUCUGGAGUAAUCUCUGUUUUGAGGCAAGAAUAAUUAUGCCAUUUCUUUCAGAGAUCAAACUCAAACUUAGGUACACUGUAUAUGUACAUUUGUACUUCCUUGCCUUCUGCUUGUUGGUGUUGAUUACUUACAUGUAUUUCACUUUGAAUUGUAAGUUUUGUUGGUUUUUUAAAAUACUUUUAAUAUGUCUACCUGUAUGCUUCACCUAGAAAUUAACCAAUAAUAUUAUAAUAAUUAUGUUUACUUUCUACAGUCUAUUGAAGAAGUAGGAAUAAAGAGAUUAGAAUGGAACUUUGAAAAAGUUAGGUAAGAUAAAACAAUCUAUUUGUCUUGUUUCUAGACGUACAGCUGUACCGUAUUUCCUCCAAUAAAAGCUGGGGGCAAUUAUUAUUUUUUUCAGACAAAAAGGAGGCGACUAUUAUUUUGAAGGUGAUUAUUUUGAAUAUUGCUCACUGGAAGUCUUGCCCUAAAUAUUUGGUUUUAUUAUCCCAUUAAAUUAAAAAAUAAUAACAUCAAACAAACUGAACAAGGGUUUUUUAAGUAUUCCAAGUUUGUUCCUUGAUUAAUUUCCAAAGUCAAUAUCCUCGGCGUCAGAACUUGAAUCGUCACUGAUCAGUUUUGUUGGAUCAGACUCCCCUUCAACUUGAUAGGGAGGGGAUAACAGAAAGAGAAGAAGGCUAGAUAGCUGGGAAGGGGCAAUUAUUCGAGGAAGGCGAUUAAUCAGGGGACGGCUAUUAUUUGAGGGAAUACGGUAUUUGUAGAGAUCGUAUUUAAAAUACAUUUUACACUUUGUGCAUUUAUUAAUUUUGUCUUCGCUAGAAGUGGUUUUCUUGAUGAAUCAAUCUCAAAUUUUUUUUGUGUUAUUUUUUUCAGGGAUCUUACAUUAUUGUUCAACAUUAAACAGUUCAAAAGAGAGCUGUUCACUGAUUUCAAGGUACCACUCUCCGUAGUAAAAUCAGUAAUUGACAAUGUAACAAUCCUUUGUAUGUCACUACAUGUACAUGUACAUUUGUAUCUAAAGUAAUUACUUUACCUUGGUUGUUUAGGAUGCAACAACAGAUAUUUACACUUCUUUCGUUCUUCACUGGAAAAUGGUAAGUUUAAAGUAUGUUUGUGUCGCUAAAGCUGUUUCUAUCUUAUCAAAUUUUUACAAGUUUUUAUUUUUGAGGAUAGCUAUAGGGGUAUAUAUGGUACAUGUAAAUCCAAGACUGUGUGAGACCAUGCUGCACAAUGCCCUGGUUUUAAAAUCCAAGAUGGAGACUAUUCCUUCUUAUUUGAUAAAUCUGGGAACAAAAUUGUACAUUUAUAUAACAGAGAAACUUCAAGCCCAAGUCUCACAGUAUUUCCUCCAAUAUUAGCUGGGGGUGAUUUUUUUUUCUUCAAACUAAAAGGGGGCGAUUAUUCAAGGUAGGCAUUAUUUUAAAUUUUACUCAGUAGAAAUUUAAAAAAAAUAAUCACAUCAAAUAAACUGAAUGUGGGCUUACCGGUAUUUAGUUCCUGUAACUAAACCUUUGCUUUUGUAACUAUUCAUUUGUAAACAAUUAAAUUAAAGCUUGUUUGGUAUAUCCAAGGUGUCAAUCUUUCACUUGAUAGGGAGGGGAUAAAAGAAAGAAAAGGUGGCAAAAGGGGUGGGGUGGGGGGAGAUUAUUCGAGGGAGGUGAUUAAUUGAGGGACGGCUACUAUUUGGGAAAAUAAUCUAUGGUACAAUGUAUCCAAACUUUCAGAGAUUGUCAAAACAUCUUUUCCUACAAAAACUCUUCAAAGAAAUUUUUAUCAUCAUUAAUUUUUUUUCUUUUUUGUACCAAGAAGGUAAUUCUGUUCUUCUAUUCAUCGAUAUUUUCAGCAAUCUCCCGUUGACCUUCUCAGUAGUGAUUUACGAAAUUCCAGUGAAACCAUUCCAAAGUCCUUCACACUGCUUAAGGCUACAGAUGUGGAGAUUGGAUCACGACUUCACAUUCACAGAGGGGGCUCUUAUGUCACGCUACUUGAGGUAAAAGACUCUUCUGUUUCUGAUAUUCUGAGAUCAACCUGGAGGGGCAGUAACCAAGUCACAAUAUUCAGUACUCGUUCUUGUAUUUUUAAUUAUUACCAAAAUGUUAAAAAGACGUUUUGAUGAUGGUAAUGACAAUAGUUAUGUUGCUGGUUAUGUUGAUGAUGAUUAUGACGAUGAUGAAAACUACACAUAAAAUGACAAUACCAGUGAUACUGAAGAUAAUGUUGUUUAAUUUUGUAAAAAUGACUUGUUAAUGGUAGUAGUAUUGAUGGUUGAGGUGGUGACUAUACUGAAGUCAUAAUAAUAUUACAUGUAAUAUUAAUAAAUUAUUAAUGUUUUUACGCUUUUUUUCACUAGGCUGCUGUUCUUGAUGGACUUUUGAUUCCCUCAGAAAAAGUCACAUCAUUGUACAUAAAGGCAAAGGAUUUGACCUACUGCUCUGGGCCUUAUGAUGCCAAACUUAGUCAGGCCAGACGAGAGAAGGUACUGAAGCUGCAUAAUCUUUGUAAAUGUUUAUUAGUCAGCAGUCUGUUAGUUGAUAGAAAUCCAACAAAGUAAUGGCCAGUAGUUGCCAACUAAUAAUACAGUUACCCGGUUCUGCCAUAUAUGAGGACCAGUCUGAUUCUACAUAUACACCCCAUCAGUCUUUGGAUCAGGGGUGGGACAACAGUGUUUUAAGUUAGAGGGCUAUAAUCCUCCCUCUGCUCUAAAAUUAAUAAUGUUACCUGUGUUUGCCAAAACCAAUUACAAAAGAUUUCAAUCCUUACAACUGGUGGUUUUAGUAAAUAAAUAAGGAUAACGGAGAGAGAUGAUGACAGUAGUUAACCCUUUACAUGCCGGGAAUCACCAAUAUCAACUGUCUUUUAACCCUGUUAACAAUAUCAAUUCAAAAUCAAGUAAAACAGUUACAAGUGUGAAUAAGAUGAUCACCAACGGGAAAAUAUUUUAAUCUUUUAACAAAUUCUCUGGCCAAAUUUUUCAAGUACAGUGUAAGAUUCUAUUAAAUAUAAUUUUACAUUUAAUAGUGUGUUUGUUACAUGUGCAUUGCACUAACAGUGAUUAAUUAGGAUUUGUUGUAAACUUUUGUUUUCAUUUACCUUUCAGAUCAUCAAGCUGCCUCUCUUUGAUUUUCUGUCGACAUUUUAUGUAGAUGGUCCUUCUCGUAUCACAAUAACCUGCCAUGAAGCACAGAUGUUUCUUUGCCCAAGCAAAAUAAAUUCCUCACUAAUAUUUCUGAAUCAUUUACUAAGGCAGCAGAUCAAACCUGGUAAGGAAUUUGAUACCCAAGAAGGUACCUGUAAUAUAAAAAUUUAGCCAAGGCUAAAGGUGAAGCUCCCAUUAAUAGGUUUAUAAUUUACUUCAAACAAUAAACUUGUAACCAUUGCAAAGAAAUUUACUUAGAGUUGAGGCUAGGUCUGCAAUCAGUGGAAAACUAGUAACUUGUCAGCAGAGAACUUCAAAAAUAUAUAACCUCGAUGGGUCGACACCUAAUCCUCCAUUACGGCCAUGUAAUAUUGUUCAUGGGAUACCCUGUUUUGACAGCUGUCAGUUGACCACAACAUGAUGGAUAUGCAAUAUCGCAGGUUGCAGGCUCCCACAUUAGCUAGAAAGUGUGACAUCUUACGUUGGUUUCCCUUUGGUGCUGACGGACAGGUAAACGUAAGGUCACGUGACUCCUUAUCCUGGAUGGAUAACCAAAUUUUGUAACGUUAUAUUGUAAUAACUUUAGUCUAUUUUCUUGCGCAUUUUAUAGAUCUAUCUUUCUUUGCCUUUCCUUUUCGUAAUUUCUUCUAAGUAAAUUACUCGAUUAGCCAUGCUAUAUGCGAGCAGAGGAUGUUCUGCGUGUACAUGUAUGAUUUAAUUUAAUUUGUCGCUUCUAUGGAAACCAAUAAACUUCAAACUUCUACUUCAAAAAAAAAUUCCUAGCUCUAGGGCUCUGCUUGCACGCACGUGGAGCUCCACUAAUGAUCGGUUCCAAUGACAUGUCCCAUCCUCUUUUAUUUUUCUUUAGAUUUAAAAACUGAUGCACUUGCUAGAACAAAUAUUAAAAUUAACAUGGAAAAGUUUUUAGAGGUAAGUCCCAUGAUGGCUUAGUUGGAGCUGUUGUAUUUUUUCCCACUGACCCUUUCAUACGCUCCAGCUCGGAAAAUCCCUGAAAAAUGUGUCCCUUUUAGGCAGAGCUUCCUUGUAUCGGCCAUUAUGGGGAGUAUACAAUGUAUCCCCUUGGAAAUGCAACAAUAUUAAUUCACAACUCCAUUCUGAUAAAUUCUGUUAUCCCACUUGUAAAUACAGUUAACUCACUCUGACACAGGCAAUUAUUAGUGUUAUUAUUAUCACCUUCUUGAGAGUCAAGAAGAAGCUGAUCAAGAACAACAGGGACAUACUCUAGGAGCGUUUCUAUUUUAUAGAGUGUCUCUCUUAUAUAGUUGUCGUUUAAACCCUCUCAGGUCUAAGAGUGGCCAAUAUCACUUUUCUUGUAACAACAGGGAGCUUAAGCAACUACGACCACAACGACGACUUCAAAAACAACAAGAGGUUUAAUGAUCAAAACAACAGCUCUACACGUACAUCACGCUUUUUAGAACAUUUAUUUGACGACCGCUACACGACUACGACGUGAAACCUCCUAAUUUGACGUUUUAUGGAGGACGUGGGCAUACGACGACGAAUUUUCCUUCCUCUUUUUGAACCUGAAUAAGAUCCUUAAGAAUUCAACUCCAGGAAAAUUCGCCUGCAUUUGACAUAUUGAGCGGGUCCAAAUAGACGCGAUUUAGGGUUGAAAGAACGCAAAUUCACUUUUUUACCGACUUUUUCACUGCCGCCGUCGUCGUCGUCCUUGUUUAAGGUCCCUAAUAUCAAUACAUGUCAACAGCAAUGAUUACUGGAAUUGAUAAAACGAUUAUCAAAGAAGAAGUGCUUUGACCUUUUAUCAAAUAAUCUCAACUAAUUCUCCUUAAGGCGGGAAAUGUGUGGUAAUGAUAAUGGUAAUUGAUGUUUAUUAAAUAUCUACUAUCUUAUACUAUCACUGUUUUUGUUUUCCAUUUGUGUUUAGCUGAAUGUAAGGUCAAACGACACCAAGGCUUCAAUUUGUUUUCAAGAUGGAGCUGAGUCUGUCAACCUUAUAACAUCAUUCAAUUUAUCCCUUUACAAGAGAAAAACCAAGGUGAGUUUUGAUAACUACAUGUAAAUGAUUGUUUUCACUUCUUCUUUUUUGGGUGAACAAGAAUAAUAAUCAUUAUGCCUUCUAAGACAUUUUUGUUAUUCGAUUAUCCCAACCCACAAAAAAGAGCUUUAUUCCAAAUUCUCAAAUACAUUGAUAAUUCAUAAAGAUAAUACAAAGAAAAUUAAUGUUUUAAUGAGUGUUUGGAAAUCAGAUGAAAAACUGCUAAUUUUUGCAUCCUUAAUUUCCCCUUCUAAAAUCAUUUUGUUGAGAAGUAAUACAAAGCAUUCGACACAGUGUUUCAUCACCAGAUGAAACACCUCGAAGUUCGUCAAAAAUACUCCGCUGCUUGUCGUAUGUUCAACUCUCUUCCCAGUGUUUCAUGUGGUGAUGAAACACUACGUCUCGUUCUUGAUAUAUUACCUGAAAACUUCCGUUAGUUUUUUUUUUCCACCCCCAGAGGGGCAUUAUCUUUGUAUCCCUAUGUGUAUCCCAACUAGGAAAUCUCCAUUAUUCCUAUUCCCCCUUAUAUCUGUAAAUUUGCCAUUUCAAAGACUUUUGGUUGAAAACAGUUUUAUUGUUAGAUGUCGGGUGACCUCUAAGUAACCAGUGAGAAAGUGCCCUGUUGCAGAAAAAUUCCCAUUACGAUUCAUUGGCAUUUUAAGAUUUUAAGUGGAGGUCGUGUUUCAAAGCAGAUCGUAAAGAAUGCCUCUCUGUCAAAUACAUUUUUAAAAAUUUAUCAUGUUCUUUGUCAUCUAUGACGCUUAUGUUUGUCAUUAUUUUCAGUGUCCGAAAACGUUUUAUUUUUUCACAAUUUUCAGAGCCAGUAUACCGCUUCAGUGGCAAUCCAAUCACUUGUUCCCGGUGGACAGCAGACUAAAGAUCCGUGUGUUAUCGUUGGAAAUGAGCUGAUUUCUGCUCCAUGGGAGUGCACAAUUGCAGUAAGUACCAACGGUCAUAAAAAUAACCGUUGCUCGUCUUUCACCUUAGGGUUCCUGUGCUAUAGGGUGAAAAACACUGAAAGAUCACGGUCAUUGAUGGGUUAUUUCUUGCUGAAUUUUAGGACAGCAAAGUGUGCGAUUAGCGUGACAUUUUCACAUGCGAAAUAAAAUGCACAAUUAUGUUCUGGAAGACUCACCAUAUUAGAGGAUCCGAUAGUUUUGUACGGAUGAUAUGAUAACACAAUCAGUAAACAAAAAAGCUGUACUGAUUUCUUAGCUAGUAAUCGCGCUUUUGUUCUUUAGAUUUUGAUCUGAAUAAACUAUUUGAUUUCGGGCCUCCAAAGUUAAUGGCACGUUCGAGAAACGGGUCCGAGGGCCGGUCAUUUAUAGCCUGCGUUGCAGCCGGCCCACGUAUCGCGUGAACCAUUGUUAUAAACAGAAGGGUUAGAGUGUCUGCGACGCAGUUUAGUAAGUUUUAACAGAGUUUAGCCAGUGUGAUUUAAAAAAACCGCGUUCUAAGCCAUUUUCAAUUUGCCCCACGUUUCUUGGAGGCAUAAUGGGUAGACUUAAGAAACAUUUAUCUUCCAAAAAUAACCCAAUUAGAAAGAGAUCUGGAACUCCACAGAUUUCUUACACCAUGGUCCAAGUUAAACUUAGUUUAAAUAGCCUUUUCUUUGGAGAACGUAUUAAAAAUUUGUAUACCCCUGCCCGCUUUAUUCCACAUUUUAUAUUUUUAUCAACCCGUUCUAUUUGCGUACCUGUUUCAGGGUAGUGACUGGUCAGGUCACUCUAUGGCAGUGAGGAUCACUUCUGAACAAACUCUUUCUUUGAUACUUCGACCGGACUGUAUUCCAGUAUUCAAAGACCUUCACGAGGUAUGUACAGUGAAAUUUCAUAUUGAAAACACCAAGCUGUAUUCGGCCAGAGCGGAAAAUACCAUAAUAUUGUUUAAACUGCCGUUUGGGUGCACCCCCUGCACCCUCCCCCUAGAUCCGCCCCUUUAAAAUGUCUGGAUUCGUGUGGACUGGGCCUUAGUCUCUCUUUUUCCGAGGCAAACCAAUCAAACAAGUAGGCUGACUCUGAGUUGCUAUAAUUAUUCUUGGUAAGGAUUUCCAGAAAUAAUUACCAGGAAUAAAUUUAGCCAAAUUAACCCUUUCACCCCUAAACCAUGGGUGAAUGGUGAGAUUAUUUGUCAUUCUAACUUGCGUGUGUGGACAAAUCCCGUGGUGUUACCAAAACCCCUUCAGAAAAUCGUAACUCAAGAUGUUGGUAUCGUGUUAAAUUUAUAGGAUUACUCCAGCCUACUGGAUAAGACACAAGUAAGUGCCUUGAUCGCGCUGUUAAAGGACGACAUGAAAAGGCAGUCCUCGACAACAAAACAGGUAAUUUUAUUCAAGGCGAAUGAAAGAGAUUAUUUUAGUGAAACGUGCUGAAUCACAAUUCGAAUCUAAAUAAUUCUUUCCUGUAUAGGGUUCGCACAACUUAAAAAUGUUUUCGCGCAAACAAACGAAAAUAAUUUCAGGUUUUCUCGGCUGUGUGUAUACGGGGCGUGGCUUGCGAGGGGUUGCUCGGGGGUCCGAGUUCCGCUUUUCCUCUCCCAGUCCCCUCGGCUUUUAAAAUAAAAAAAGAAAAGAAAAGAAAAAUUUGCGUGAAUACUGAGCAAAAAAUGUUUGCAGCCAUGUUUUUUGCAUGGCUUUCUCCUCCCCCAUUUCCUUUCAAGGGAAUAUGUCAUUUCCUAAGCGUCACGCUUCAGGCGAACGGCAAAUAUGGCCCAAGCCUCCGUUUUAAAGCUAGGGUUGUGAAGCAUUGAAACAUAGACCUAUCUUAAUUUAAUUUCAUUACUUUUUUUCUAUUUCAUUUUUGCGCAAUUUAAACACAGACGACAACUGGCAUUUGGAAAGAGGAGCGGCAAAAGGGCGAAAAGCGCAGUGUAGCAAUGGCUUCUAAACCGUCGCUUUUUUACUGUUCUUUGUAAAUGACAAUUCUUUUCCGUUUUCUUCUUCCUCUUUACUACAUUUACGUAGAUUUUUGCUAACUGCAAAGGAUUAAAGGUCUUUUUGGAAAUGGACGUCUACGAGGAGCUUUUGAAUAUUAGUUUGGAAGAUUUACAGGUAUGAACACUACUUAGGAAACAAAUGAAUCAGCUUCAUGGGGUUGAUUUCUAAAGAAAGUUAAACUGUGGUGUUUCGUCAAUGAGAGAGUGAAAUGUAAAAAUUUGCUGUUAUCAACUCAUUUGAAAAAGUCAACUAACCGGCGUAAAAAGAUUGAAAUGCUUUAAAGAGUGGAAUAAACAAAUCUUAGGUGCGUUUUUAUUGACAACAUUGUGUUGUUUCUUUGCCGCUUGUUAUCCGAGUAUAACUAACGCUAACGCAGCAGUAUAACUACCUCUCGUAGGGAUGAUCGAAUGUAUAAGGCCUUUUAUUUUUGUAUCCACAACUACCCGCCUCCUUUUUCUACACAAAUCAAAAUAUUUAGCCCAAAGAAAUUGAUCUGAUAUUUACUUUACCGUCGCCAGACCGAGUUCAACCGAGAUCAGCACCAUGUUACACUGGAAUUUAACGUACAAAACGUGGAGGUAAGAUGGUUUCAGUGUUCUAGUGUAAAUAACUGUUGUGUCAAGUUCAAAGAAUGCACAGCGAAAGAUGACGAACGUUCCACAAAGUGCGCGUCAAACUCGACUGCCAGUCUUCUAUUUUGUCGCGACCAGGUGGUACUACUUGAUGUGGAGCACUCGCGCGGAAGACUGGGGUUUUGGGUGUUACCCAUACCUCGCACGUUUUAAGAACAGUCUAGGAACGCAUGAGGUCUAGUUCGCAGAAGUGUGCUAUACUUACGUAAGACUUUCUUUUAGCAUUUCACAAACUGACGAAAUGAAACCAUUAAUCUUUUUUUUUUCUCAGGUAGAGGACUGCAUCAAUAAAAUAAUUGCUUUUCAACAGCAACGUUCUAGCGAUGAGAGUGCCCCGUUCCUUCUGCGGUUUUCACUUGUGAUGGAUGCGGUCGGAGAAGACGAAAGAGUGGCCAUUAAGGUACUAAACGUUCGCAAAUUGGCCGUCCCAAUAUACCCUCUCGUGCGAAAAAAACUGUACGCAAUCAAAUCUGUAUUAAGUCAUCAAUCUGCUCCCAUCGCGCACCAAUCGAGCCCGGGGGGGUGGGGGGGGGGUACUUUGGUUAGUGUUUGCUGGGUAUGUGCCGCUGGCAUCUCAGAGCCCCUACCUAAUUAUAGUCUAUUUUUUGGCCAAUUAUAGACCCCAUCUUAGUCACUUUUUGGAAAUUGUAAUUUUCGCGAUCCCAACUUAGUCACUUUCUAUUUAUGCAUCCUGACCUUAUCAAUGUGAUUUCAAGCGGCGGAAUGUAAUGCAGUCAAUGCGAGCUUAUUGUUAACUUAAAUAAGCAACAACUUUCUGAUUUUUUAACCUAGAAUCUUCCCAUUUUGAAUCCCUACUUACCCCAAAAAUCCGAAAAUUUGCGACCCCAUUCCAGUAAAUCUAUUGAAAAUGCGACCCCAUUAUAGUCACACCAGUCGUGAAAAUGCGACCCCAUCCAGCGGCACAUCCCUAUUAGUCUCUUGUAAGGGAGUAACCCCCCCCCCCCCCGCCAAUCGUCUCGCUACCAAUAGUUGGGCUGAUUAUUGUUCUUGUUUACUCAGAGAGCUCAUACCGAACUAGGAAACUCACAGGUCAGCGUCCAAGAGAUUGUCAUUCUCAAGGUACUUCAGUUUGCGGGGAUCAAAGAGAAAACUCAGUUAUGGGGCGCAACAGCAGCAGGACAGAGCGAACAAUCUACUGAAAAUCUACCCGCCUUCUUGACUUCAACGAGAUAUUAUUUCGAGAAGCUACAAGUUGGACCAUUUCAAACUCUGAUGACGUGUAACCCUGCCAGUAAACUUCCCCAUGAGCUACAGAAUUUAAAAACCGCGUUAGAGAUUCCGGCUGGCUUUCCGCCUUUGAUGGAAAAUGCAAAUGUACAGUUCAGUAAGUAAACUGCUUAACUGCAAACGUCUUGUGCUUUCUUUUGUUUGUUAGGAGGGAUCGUAAUGGGGAAGUGACAUUUACGGUCAGCAGCUAAUACUGAGCUUAAAACUUGCAGAGAUAACCAGGUGAUGGUGUUUUUCACAUUUGCGCUUAUCGUCUGUCCUUUUCAGCAUGAGGUGGUCGUUUUUCACUUUCAGAAAAACGUGAUUAAAAAUUGAGUUUUUUGUCUUUUCUCCCGGCGGGUGAAUUAGGCAUUAUAUAGGUGAUUGAUACAAGUAAAAGAACUGAUCGGCGGAAGUCAGUUGAAAGUAAUUUCAGAUCGCGGAAACCCGACUGUCGGCAAAGAACGUAAAGAUAAAUUCACCAUCGAGACAAGAAGCCGCUGAUUAUUCAAUUUUUAAGAGGAAGACCACCAGGAUAACAGCAGGGGUUUUCAUUGACAAUUUUAAACAAGUGUUUAAACCCAGCUAUCGAUGAUUGAUUUUUCCUUCUUGCUUUAUUAUUUCAGGAGAAUUUCUGCGAACAGGUAUAACUUACAAGGCUUUAGUUUCUCUGGGACGGGACGCCAGGACGCAUUAUCUUAAGGUUAGGCGUCGUUUCUGAAGGUCCUAUAUUUUACAAAUAUUUUUUCCACGGUGACAAAUAAUUUGAGAUGCUGCCUUUUAAGUUCGUCAUUUAAACGUGGAGGAAGGAGAACUACUGGUGGGCUAAAGUUUGUGUGUUACGCUAAUAAUCACAGGGUUCGUACGGGUAAUGGAAAACCUGGAAAGUCAUGGAAUUUAAGAAUUGCAGUUUUCUAGGCCUGGAAGGCCAUGGAAUUUAAUUGUCGAUCCUUGAAAGUCAUGGAAAAAUGGAAUUUCCGGCGUUUGAGUGGAUACGAAUCAACCGGAAAUGAAAUAUUUCUGCGGCACGGGAACAGAGGGGGACUGGGACAGUUGAAGUGCAGUAUGGGUAGAAUGGAGCGCUAUAAAACGGAUCGGCUUAUCAUGUGGGAAAGCAUUCUAGACCGACACCUUGUCUAGCUCACAUUAUUAUUUAUUUAUUUAUUUAUUUAUUUAUUUAUUUAUUUUUAGUAUAUCUUUGAUUUACUAGUGUCAGUUCAAGUUUCGCAAGGGUUUCUUAGCUUGUUUGCGUUUCCUUAAAUUAUUUAGAGUUUGCCGUCCUUUGUUGGAAUACUUGUUUUGUAAAUAAGGGCAAAGACCUUCCAGCCGUGUGGCCGUCGUAGGAUGGGCUUUUCAGAGCGUGAGCCAUGGAUCCUACCCAGAUUUCCUGCCGAGUUUUUUUACCCUACUGGGGUUUUUUCCGGCAGGCUUUUUGUGGCCUCUGUUCUGCAAGUAUUCUGUGUAAACUGUCGCUCAGCUCUGUUCUAGUUCUUCCACCACAUGUUUGAAUGUCAUAGAAGAUGUUGUAUAACGUCUUGUUAUAUCUGCGGUGCUCGGCCGAAACUGCCAAAAUAAACCUAAUGGUUUUUCUAUUCAUGUUUUACUGCGUAGUGGAGCCGAAAUUUUAAGUUUUGUUACGUAGAUUAGUUACUGAAGGUGACAAAGCACGGACAGUGUACGAUAGAGAGAUGUGAUUGAACAGCGCAAACGGCAUGCAUUUAGGUGGACACCAGAGUUUGUCUCUCUUGAACUGUGUAUGAUCCAAAAAUACCCUAAAACACAAAAGCUUUAAAAAUUUAUAAAAAGUGGCAGCUAAACCUAAGGUCAUGGAAAAAGUCAUGGAAAGUCUUGGAAUUUGAAGAGCUUAAAAGAAUACGUACGAACCCUGUACUCGUUUUAGUCAGUUCACGAUGACUCAGCGUCACUCGCAGUCAGGUAAUUUUUUUUUCAACAAUUUUCCUUUCAAUUUUGUUAGGAAAUCGGCAGCCAGUCCGCGUCUCUUCUGGGUUCACUGCAUUUGCUUGGUAACAUUUCCAGUUUACAGGAAGAAAUCGCUGAUGGGCUGGCAGAUCUGAAGCAGACUGGGGACUACAUUGGAUUUGUGAAACAUGUGAGAGGGGGUUUGGCCGAGUCCUAUUACAAGGUGAGGGCGAAAUAAAAUCUCGCGGAAAACGGUGGUGAUGUUGUGGUUCAAUUUUAUCAUUGGUUUAAACUUUAUUUUUCUUUAUUUCAAACUUGUUAUCAUAAAUUACCAUAGCCCAAAACAAAGGAAAAUAAACCAAGGAUAAAAUUGAACCACAACGGUAACAGUAACGUGGUCGAAAUCUUGAAUUUGCAACAGUAAAUUUUUCCCGUCUAAUAACAGGCUGACGUACAAUGAAGUUUCCUGGAUGAAACAUACUCAGAUACACCGUUGUAAAAGAGCGCAGUGUCUUGAACUAAAGCAAAGAAAUCCUAGAUUAUUUAUUACCUUCGCACAAGUGACUGCGAUAUUAUAUCUAGCUGGAUUUUUGACAAAGUACGUAGCUACCAAAAAUUGCAGUCAUUUGACUGAAGAAAGGCCAAAUGGGAAAGUUUCUUGCGUCCGAAAAUCACAUUGCAGAAGGAAAAGUAGUGGAAAAAUAGAGAACGUCGAGAAAGAGGGUACCCUGCGAGCAGAGUCUCCUUCGAUCUUCCUAGAUAAGUCGGCUUUAGGAAGAUGGAAGGAGACUGCUCGCUGGGUAGAAAGAGGUUAGAAGAAGAGGAAAACAGCAAUGGUUGCACUCCGUUUUUAAAUUGGCUACUUUGAGCGAAAAAAAAACAAUGGUGGACGGAAGAGAUUUAUUUUGCCUUGGCAGUACGCGUUUUUAGAAAUCCAGCUAGAUAUAUAUACAGGUAAAUCUAUAACAACAACAACAAUGUAUUUAUGUAAAGAAAUAUAAAGUUUACGAUACUUUAUGUCCUGCAAAUAGCUAUAAUGCUAAUCUAGGCAGGACAAGACUUUAAAUAAAGACGUUAUUAAAUUACAUAAGAAAAAAGAAAAGAAAAGAAAUACAAUAACAUACAGAAAGAAACACCUUACACAUAAAUUCAAGUACAGGGCAUUUUGUUAUUUGAAAAAUCUAUAUAUGUUUUCGAUAUCAACGGAAUAUGAGUUCCGCUAACCUGGCCUAUGGUACAGAGUUCGUAUCAGGGCGCCUUGUGACCUUGCCAUGGGAAAACCAUCGAUUUUGUUCGCGACACCUUUAGUCAUAAAGGAUUAAAGUUCAUAACUGUUACUUUAAUCCCCUUCAUAUUUUUGCACCGACUUGACGACUCCCUACUAUCCUCGUUGGAGAAAUUAAGCCUUUGUUCCGAUGAAUUCUGAUUUUUAAAAAAUCCGUGUUUUUUUAAAAUAUCAUUGUAGAUUGGAUUCCCUUUUUUACCAAUGUAUUCACUUCCGUUUUUAACAUCUCUCAAUUUUUUAAAUCUCUAGAAUUUUUAAGAUCUUUUAUUAUAAUUACUAUUUGUAAAUAGACUUUUUAUCAUGAUUGUUGCAAGUUAUCAUCAAUUUUGUUUUUAGAGGGCCACUAGAGAAAAUACUUUUCAUAGUAAUUGGUGUCACCCUCUUAAAAUAAAGGUUACAUAUAUAAAAUACCUUCCAUCGAUUCAAGCUGUUUUCACGUUUGAGGUAAAAAAUGCCAAAACUUCGUAAUUUAGGAUUGUCACAUGAUAAAUACCUGCAAUCUUUUCAACAACGGAGUUACGAAAUAUCGAACGAUGAGCGAUCGCCAGUAACAUUUGUUUGUUUGCUCUUGGGUCAUUUUAAUACCGUUUUGUUUAUAGUUCGCCGAUUCGUGGUCCGCGACUAUAAAUCAGUCAGCUGCGGCAAGACGUGAAAGUAGUUCUUCAUCUACCGAUUCUGUAGCUGUGGGGGAUAAUUCCUCCUCGCCCAUGAAGUCCGUACGUAGUGUUGUGGAAAGUUUAACAAGCCUUAUUCUCAGUCCUUCAAGAGACGCGAGUCUGGGAAAACAGCAGGUAUUGUAUUCAUUAUUCAUUAUUUCCUUAUGUUGCUUUCGGGUUGCGUUGCCUCGUAUCUAUGUUGAUGGGUUACGGUCGUUUGGAUACAAAUUCUUUUUUUUUUUCGAUACAAGUCGAGAUGUAUUUAGUUGCACGUACUUGGCUUAAAGAACAAAGAAUAUUCACUUUAAAUGUUUUUCUUGUUGACGCGCAAACUAUACUAGAAGUGAUUAAAGACCAUUAAAGUUUAUGUGCAAUUUCACCGCUGAGUCCGUAUCGGAAAGACCCUGUUCCAUUUUGACCGCGUGUUUUCCCGCCUUGAAGGGGAAUCAUUUCAUUUUGAAAAAACCCGUCGAACUCGUUUGCGAAAUCAGAGUAAAAGCGACCUCAGAGUAAAGAGAAGUUAGGCCGAGAUUUAAUAGAUUCCUCUUAGUAAAGCCAAGUGUUAUGAAGCAAGGGUGUAGCGUGAUUGUGAGAUGGCGUGAUUUUAUUCCUUUCAGAUAUUUUUAUUAAUAGUUUCUCUCGUCUGUCAGAGCGACAGAACUUGAUGACAGAUCGGUUUAAAAACUAAAGCUUAUAGAUUCACAAAAGUCACGAUUUCGUGUAGUGUGUGAGCGAGCCAUUGUACUGUGAGGAUUGAAGCCUGUUUUUGCUUAAAACUGUGAUAAUAUCGUGAAGAACGGCCCUUCGGCCUUCACGACACCAAGAUUUAGUCACGUGAUUAACCUUUCANAGUCCGUACGUAGUGUUGUGGAAAGUUUAACAAGCCUUAUUCUCAGUCCUUCAAGAGACGCGAGUCUGGGAAAACAGCAGGUAUUGUAUUCAUUAUUCAUUAUUUCCUUAUGUUGCUUUCGGGUUGCGUUGCCUCGUAUCUAUGUUGAUGGGUUACGGUCGUUUGGAUACAAAUUCUUUUUUUUUUUCGAUACAAGUCGAGAUGUAUUUAGUUGCACGUACUUGGCUUAAAGAACAAAGAAUAUUCACUUUAAAUGUUUUUCUUGUUGACGCGCAAACUAUACUAGAAGUGAUUAAAGACCAUUAAAGUUUAUGUGCAAUUUCACCGCUGAGUCCGUAUCGGAAAGACCCUGUUCCAUUUUGACCGCGUGUUUUCCCGCCUUGAAGGGGAAUCAUUUCAUUUUGAAAAAACCCGUCGAACUCGUUUGCGAAAUCAGAGUAAAAGCGACCUCAGAGUAAAGAGAAGUUAGGCCGAGAUUUAAUAGAUUCCUCUUAGUAAAGCCAAGUGUUAUGAAGCAAGGGUGUAGCGUGAUUGUGAGAUGGCGUGAUUUUAUUCCUUUCAGAUAUUUUUAUUAAUAGUUUCUCUCGUCUGUCAGAGCGACAGAACUUGAUGACAGAUCGGUUUAAAAACUAAAGCUUAUAGAUUCACAAAAGUCACGAUUUCGUGUAGUGUGUGAGCGAGCCAUUGUACUGUGAGGAUUGAAGCCUGUUUUUGCUUAAAACUGUGAUAAUAUCGUGAAGAACGGCCCUUCGGCCUUCACGACACCAAGAUUUAGUCACGUGAUUAACCUUUCAAGUCCCUGGAGUGACCAACAUCAAUUUUCUCCUAACAAAAUCAAUGUAUCAUUCAGUACAUGAGAAUUAACUAAAUGAUCAUCGAAAGGAAAAAUCUUUGAUCUUUAAUCAAGUCCUCUAAACUAAUUUCUUAGGAAAAUGUAUGUACAUAACUCUAAUGGAGAAUUUUAGCGUGGCUUUUAGGGUUUAAAGGAUUCUGUACUCCUUAAUUCAACUUCUUAAAAGCCAAAAUUUACAUCGUGAUUGUAGGUAAAAGUUUAUUAUAACGCAAAAGCGGUUGCAUCCGAACGCCACGUCAGUCGACAAAAUGUGUCAACUAAGUACCGUGAAUCUCUGUGACUUUUUAUGGGCGGUUUUCUGUUUCAGUCAAGCCUUUAUAAGAACCACGUGAAAAGAUUUUAUUGCUCGCGGCUUCGCUGGUUUUGAUUUUCAAGGACCUCUGUUCAAUUUCGAAACAUCCUGAUGUGCGAGAGAAGAAACCUUCCGUGUGAUAUCCAGUUAUUUAUACGACUCUGUUAAAGGAUAAAGCUCACAGUGACAGUUUUUGAAUGAAUCUUUCUACACGGAUUACCAUCGAAUGUCAGGGAUUCCGGAAUUCGGGAAAUUUUUGCUUGUAAAAUCCCGAAUCCAGCAAAUGUUUCCUGUGGAAUCCAGAAUCUUGAGCUUUGGAAUGUGGAAUACAGCUCAAGGAAUCUGGAAUCUCACUGUCGAUUGGAAUCCAGAAUCCAAGUUCCUCUGACAAAGAAUCCGAAAUCCACGGCGUGGAAUCCACAUCCUAGACUGUCUUGGAUUCCCUUACAAAGAGCGAAUCAAGAUUUCACUUCGUCAUCGUAGUUGAUAAAGGCGAUUUUAACUGUUUUCAUUCCUCUUCCUUCUCCUUCUCACGGCCUACAAAAUGCAAUUCUUGUAUUUUAGAAACUAGUUUUAUCCUCGCAUGCGGUGAAACCUCUAUUAAGCGGACACCCUCUAUUAAGCGGACACUAAGCCAGGUCCCGAAAUUAACGUCUUAUAUUUUCCUUCAUAACGAACCCCUAUUCAGCGGACACCUCUAUUAAGCGGACGCGGACACUAAAAUGAAUUAUAUUUGGCUAGUUUCUAUCCUUAAAAGCCUCUAUUUUAAUAGCUUAAAAGCGGUCACUGGACUGAAUUGACAUUAGCAGUACUGGAUUACGUACUUGAAAUACGCACUGUAGUCGAGUAAUAAAAGUCUUGCACAAAGUACAUGUGCAGCACAGCUUCCUUAGCUUCCUUUAAUAACAUCAUGGAACUUUAUCACAGUACAGAGCAGCCGUUGAAUGUAAAUCAUUAACAAACAUUGCGCAAUUCAGACACCUGUCGGGAAUCGCCCCCCGUAUUCAUAGAAAUCCACGGCAAUUCGCUUGAUGUAGCUUUAUUCACAAUAACGAAUCCCAAAGUCACAGUUUUCGCAACUCACACACUCACAGAUAUUUUCGGCACAACAAGUUGGUUUUGAUAGCGUGAUCUUCUCCCUCCGACUUCCCACAAUACACAUGAAACCUAACCUAUAUUAUUAUAAAGUGAUUAACACUUAGUACUAUUUCCACGAUAUCCAUUUAUCUUAUCAGUUAUCACGGUUCACUUCGUGACUGUUCCUUGAACAUACCGGAGAUCAUGAGCUAAUUAUUUAGCAAUCAACGUUGCCAUCAACUUGAAAUGUAAUAUAGCAAAUAGCCUAAAAAUAUACUACGAAAUAUGUACGCACACUAUUGGCGUACUAUUCCCAACACACACUGUCUUAAGCGGACACUUGGGAAGGUCCCGAAGGUGUCCGCUUAAUAGAGGUUUCACUGUAUAUAUUUUCUUUGUUGGGGUAUUAUUAACAAACCCCAGCCCAACCUCCAUUCAGGGAACACUUGCCUUGGUUCCGAGGGUGUCCCCUGAAUAGAGGUUCCACUGUUUAAUCAUUUUAGUUAAAUCAGUCACGUCAUACUGGUUGUUUCUGUAUUUUCUCAUUUACUUAGAUAUCCAACCCCCCAGCUGCCUCGCCUUCAGGCAGUCCGAGAACACAGGAGACCUCCAGGAGACUUUUGCCUAUAGAUUACGAAGAUCCUGAUUCGUCCGGAAGUGAAGAGAGCAGUUUAUCCUGCAUUCAGUCGCUAGACGGCUGGGAGAUGGUGUCAAGAGACGUCCAGAGAAGACAGAAAGGUCAGGAAUUUUUACGGAGGUUGCAAGUUAGCUUAUGCGGAGAGGAAAACAAAGAUGAAAGGUAAGCUGUCUUGUAGAUGUGCUAGGUCUGGGCCAAACGUCGAAUUUUCCAUGCGUUUAACUAAACUGAGUGCUGACAGUUUGGAUCUAGAAACACUUUCCACCCGUCAGACGGAUAGACGAUCUGAGGAUGCCGCGGAUUAUUCCAUAGAGCUAGUCACCGGAAUAACGAAAAGAAUCCGUUAUAAAUGGGUUUACGCAAGUCGAGGUCCCACCUGUAACCUUUCGCGCCCUACUUUUUCUGGGCAACUUAUUUAAACGCUUCGUUAAGUUCGACGAUUGAUCCAGCAGUCAAUCGUAACUAGAUUAAGGUCGACCCAAAUGGCAAUUUGUUUCGUCUCAUUGCCUUGGACUAAAUACCGUUAUUCUGCAGUUGCUGUCACUUCCGACCCUCUUGAUGUAAAGUUUGCCUUCAUUUUUUUGUGGGUAAAAAUUUACAUGAUAACUAUUGUCAUGAUCAAAAUUAUCGUUUGCCGUCAAGCAGGAUUUUACUUUAGUACUUGAUGUUUAUUAUGAUGUACGAGGUCGUUCAGUGUAAUUCGCCCUCUAGUGGGAAUCAUACCAACAUCUUUGUAAGUCUGUGAUUGGGCUAGUUAAUUUCUUAUCUUUAUAACAAAAUUGAGCGGUAAAAACACGACGUUUCGACAAUUACCUGUCGCCAGCAGCAAGGGUAAAUGACAAGAAUGGCAGUUAUCUUAAUUGUUCAUAUUAGAUUUUAUUGUAAUUGGUAUGUGAAAACCCAUUUUAAUUGGAUGUACCAAUAAAGUUGAUUUGAUUUGAAAAGAAAGUGUGAAUUUACAUUAAAAUAAGAAAGUGUAGAAACAAAAGAGUGUGCAUAAGUGACAAGUUUGGUGGUAAUGUAGUCGUCUGUUCGAGUGUUUAAAGUCAGUCUCCAAGGAGUAUCUCAUCAUGAGUGAAACACGCAAGUUUUCGACAGUACCACUUUAACUAGUAAAUAGCUCCCAAAGAUUGGUCGGCUAUUGAUUGUAUUUCUCGUUGAGGUAUUUCCAAAUUACAGCGGAGUGCUGGUCAAGGUAACGCCGCCGCGUUGCCUAUAUAAUUUGCGUCGCACAAAUUUGCAUGUAAAUUUAUUAACAAGACAUUGUGGGUUGACGGUUGAAAGGUUGUCCGGUGGUUUCGCUGUAUCAUGAGGUGGAUUCGAUGCAAAACAUUUUUCGUUUCAAACCCCUGUUUUCAUUGACCACUCUUCUCUUUCUGUCCUUACCGUGAAGCUAAGCUAACAUGCCCGCUCAUCAGGCUAGUUUCCGAGAGUGAGUUGAAACGAAUCCAGAACAAGAAUCAAACAAGAGGUAUCGACACGAAUAUGGAGAAUGUAGCGCAACUGGACUACUAGGUUCAUCUAUAGUAUCAUUGAACGAAGCUCUCCGUUGCACUCCUUAGGAAAACCAUGUAGUAUACGACUUGACCAGGCACCCAACAACUGUUUGCUGUAAAACAUCUAUUCGGAGACGCAAAUAUUGUCUAGAAUUUCUAAUUACUUGAGGACAGUUAAAAAUUUCUAGAUGACCGUUUUAUUCAUAUAAAAUUUUCGAAGCUCUCCUAAUAAAUCGCCUAUGAUUUUCUGAAGUAUAAUUUUUCACAUUUUACUCCUCAGGUUAGGUGAUUUUUCGUAGAAAAAAGAAAACCUAAAAUUUUCGGUUUCAAAAAUGUGAUGGAAAGAAGAAUCAGAAAAAUUCCUCCUUUGUAAUACGUUAAAUUGCAUUUUAAAUUUUCGGGAAAAUAAUACUGAAGCCCUGGUAAUUUCUAAAAGACUCACGUUCCCCUUGGCUGACCGAACAGAUGCAAAUUUUAUAGCGCCGCUUCGAAUGCUUUUCUAGAUAUCUAAAAGUAUUCUGAAUAGCUUAAAAAAAAGUGUUUUCAAUGUAUUUAAGAGAAACUGUCGUUGUGUGUCUCUGACUUGAGAAGUUUGCAAUCACGCGUUUAAGUUAACAAACCAAGGCUAAGAGCCACCAAGUUUGAUAUGUGUAACAACAUCGCUCAAACAAAGUUUUCUGCAUGUAUUCCAAAUUAAUGCGCAGACUCUGCCGCGAGAGAACUUCGAUAUGCAGCGAAAAGACUUGUAGCGAAAUGAAUCUGUAGUUAAACGACCGAUAAGCGACUUCAGGUCUUCUGCAGUUUUCUUACUUGUAAACAUUGGUUGUAACACUCGGUCGAUAUUUCCAAAGCCGACCGAUGUUAACGAGCAAUUUACCACCUUAAGUAGGCUCGUUUUCUGCCGUCUCCCGAAUCCGGUCUUUAAUCCUGAGUGCGGGCUCAGUCAUUUCCCCGAGCAGCGCCUGGUAAUUGAGCCUACACCUAAGGAAAUGCUGUGGAAAAUUAUUUGCAUUUGUUAGCAACGUCCUUAAUGCACAACGACGACGUGAAACUGCCUAAUUUUACGUUUUAUGGGGGACGUUAACACAAAACAACCAACUUCUUUUUUUNCUGUUUUCAUUGACCACUCUUCUCUUUCUGUCCUUACCGUGAAGCUAAGCUAACAUGCCCGCUCAUCAGGCUAGUUUCCGAGAGUGAGUUGAAACGAAUCCAGAACAAGAAUCAAACAAGAGGUAUCGACACGAAUAUGGAGAAUGUAGCGCAACUGGACUACUAGGUUCAUCUAUAGUAUCAUUGAACGAAGCUCUCCGUUGCACUCCUUAGGAAAACCAUGUAGUAUACGACUUGACCAGGCACCCAACAACUGUUUGCUGUAAAACAUCUAUUCGGAGACGCAAAUAUUGUCUAGAAUUUCUAAUUACUUGAGGACAGUUAAAAAUUUCUAGAUGACCGUUUUAUUCAUAUAAAAUUUUCGAAGCUCUCCUAAUAAAUCGCCUAUGAUUUUCUGAAGUAUAAUUUUUCACAUUUUACUCCUCAGGUUAGGUGAUUUUUCGUAGAAAAAAGAAAACCUAAAAUUUUCGGUUUCAAAAAUGUGAUGGAAAGAAGAAUCAGAAAAAUUCCUCCUUUGUAAUACGUUAAAUUGCAUUUUAAAUUUUCGGGAAAAUAAUACUGAAGCCCUGGUAAUUUCUAAAAGACUCACGUUCCCCUUGGCUGACCGAACAGAUGCAAAUUUUAUAGCGCCGCUUCGAAUGCUUUUCUAGAUAUCUAAAAGUAUUCUGAAUAGCUUAAAAAAAAGUGUUUUCAAUGUAUUUAAGAGAAACUGUCGUUGUGUGUCUCUGACUUGAGAAGUUUGCAAUCACGCGUUUAAGUUAACAAACCAAGGCUAAGAGCCACCAAGCUUGAUAUGUGUAACAACAUCGCUCAAACAAAGUUUUCUGCAUGUAUUCCAAAUUAAUGCGCAGACUCUGCCGCGAGAGAACUUCGAUAUGCAGCGAAAAGACUUGUAGCGAAAUGAAUCUGUAGUUAAACGACCGAUAAGCGACUUCAGGUCUUCUGCAGUUUUCUUACUUGUAAACAUUGGUUGUAACACUCGGUCGAUAUUUCCAAAGCCGACCGAUGUUAACGAGCAAUUUACCACCUUAAGUAGGCUCGUUUUCUGCCGUCUCCCGAAUCCGGUCUUUGAUCCUGAGUGCGGGCUCAGUCAUUUCCCCGAGCAGCGCCUGGUAAUUGAGCCUACACCUAAGGAAAUGCUGUGGAAAAUUAUUUGCAUUUGUUAGCAACGUCCUUAAUGCACAACGACGACGUGAAACUGCCUAAUUUUACGUUUUAUGGGGGACGUUAACACAAAACAACCAACUUCUUUUUUUAAAAAAAAAAACUUAGUCUUUUAGAAUUCAACUCCAGAAAAGUUCACCAACAUUUGACAAAUCGAACGUCAUUGAAUGAGACCGAUGAAUUUCGAAACAGCGCGAAUUUACGUUUUGUCGUCGUCGUUGUUUAAACUACCUAUCGUUACGAAUAAGAAGCGUAGUCUUUUGGGUGAAAAAUUCUUUUAUUUUGCCUCAAUAAACAGGCCAUUUUACAGUUGUGGGCUUGGUGUCCUAGCCUUUGAGUGAACGUGAGGCUGAGGUUGACCUUGUUUUGAUAUAAACCUCCUUCCUUUUCUAAUGGAAAAUUCGCCUAAAAAAUACUAGUUAGCAUAUCAACAACAAGUUUUGCAUGAUAAAGCAAGAAGGGUUGUAUCAAAACAAGGUCAACUCCAGCCUCGUUUGCUAUUGUAUCGGUAAAAAGGGCCAUUGUGUGUGGUAUUGAGACCUUUAAUCGCGUACUAAAAUUUUCAACGUUAUUCACUUAUCCAAAUUAAAAUCAAGACACUUUUAUUACAGAUUUGUGAGCUGUUUAAAACUACGUCAUCUCAAUCCUGACGAUAAACUCAACGCCCUGGUAACGAACCACAGCGUGUACUUCAUGAAGGUGGGGUCACCAUCAGCUGAUCACGUGGUUUUAACCAUAAAACUUCUGCACCUUUACAAGGCAAGACACAGAGAUCAAGGUAUGCAAUAAGUUAGUUAUUGUUCACAUAAAGGUGUAAUAAGAACAGUGACUAGAGUUUCUAGUUUUGGUGCCUUGGCUAAGUAAACUAACUUUGGAAUUUUGGAUAGUUAGUGGCUUACACGAAGAGAUUGCUUUUAAGGCCCCAUCCAUAGAGCCUGCGCCACAGACGAAACUAAACUCUUUUAAGUCCGUUUGCGAAUCAGCGCCGAAAUCCUUUUUUUGGGCCCCUGCUUGAGUAUGCGCCAUGAUUGGCCUGCUAAGAAAGCCAUUGUCAUUGCUCGAACGGGGAAACUCCUUUGUAAUUUCCUUAUUGUAGACCAUUUAACUGAUGUACACCAUAAAACUAAUGUCUUAGGCUUACCGCCGGGUUAAAUCGUAUGCGGCAGACAUACACCGAGUAAGUCAGCAGCGAUAUGCUUGAGCAAAUACACGAAACCUAAACAAGUCGUAACCCAAUAGUCCCGCUUGAAUCGGCUCUUAAAAAAGUCUCUUGUAAAAUGUUUUCGUCUUUGUUGAAUUUAAGUAAUGAUAUAAUGACGCUUCUCUGUUUUCAAUUUCAGAUAACGAGCAUUAUCUGCAGUUAUUGAUGAAAAUAUCAGGAGGCAGGCGACUGUCCCUCCCCUCCCCUAACCCUGCCGACAGCCCCCUCGUCCGGUGUGACAGCGUCAAAGUUGCCCAAAAAGCAGCGAAUAUAAUCAACCAAACAAAGAGAAACAGCGAGGAUAAUACUUUCAGAUAG